UUCAUUACGUACAGGAAGUGUAGCACAUUCAAGAUGGCGUCGGAAGAUGAGGAGGACUUGGUUGCCUUGAGGAAUGCUGUAUUGGCAUCUAUGAAGACGAAUAGGACUCGGUCAUCACAGGAUGAAGAUGGACAAUCUGACGAGGAUGAUGAGUUACUAGCUCUCAGAAAGGCAGCACUACUUUCCAAAAAACCUAGAAGUGACCAUACAUCAUCUGCCACUGACAGAAAGCAUUCGUCCUACCAGCGUCGGGAUGAUCGCCAUCACCAUGAUGAUCACAACCAUCACCAUAGCGACAGCAGAAGAAAUUACUCCAAUAAUUCAUAUUCCUCACGACAUCGAGAUGACAGGAGACCCACUACAGGGAGCAACAGGGGCAGUAAUCUGGUGCAAAUCCACACUAUACCAAUGGUAGAGGAGCAACCCAGCAAGUCAGACGCAGCCACCCAACUCCUCCGUCCACAGGACAAGUGGGUGGGGUCUGACAGGAGUGGUACCCCUACCCCAAACUCUAAUAAAACAAAAGUGGUAGACAAAUUUUCAAGAUACGAAUCCAACUCAGAAGAGGAUGAAGAAAAUCAAAGUUCUGAUGAAGAGGAAGAGAAAAAAGAUGAUGAGCUAUGUGCGUCAGAUGUAUCUUCAGACAGUGCCACUUCCUCCGAUAAUGAGGAGAGUAAAAAUGUGUCAUCGUCUAGUGACAGCAGCAGUAGUUCAAACUCAGGCAGCAACGUGAAGGACACAUCAAAGACACUUCCAAAAGAAAACAGCAAGAAUGCUGAUGUAGCGUGUGACAUGAAAAUAGACAUGAAACCGGUCUCUGACACCGUCCAGACUAAAAAAGACAGCAGUAAAAUAAUAGACACAAACACUCGUGUUCAUUCCACAGAAGUGACCAAACCUGAAUCUAAAGAGAAAUCUGUUAGGACAACUAGCAGAGAGAAGGAGAAUUGUAAAACUGAACAGGAAGUUAAAAGUGUACAGUCAAAAACAAGUGACAAAUCACGUGAGAGUGUCUCUCAAAGCAGAACUGUGAAAUAUUCCUCUAGUAAGUCAUCCAGUAAUCGACUGAUCAUUGAGACAAAGCCAAUAUCAAGGACCAGGUCUUGUUCAAAAUCACCACAGUUAAAGUCUCCAAGGUCCAAAUCACACAGGUCCAAAUCCCCUAGGUCCAAAUCACCAAGGUCAAAGUCUCCAAGGUCCAAAUCACACAGGUCAAAAUCCCCUAGGUUGAAAUCUUCAUGGAGAAGUCCAUCCCCAGAAAGACAUUCUUCAUCUAAAAGUCACGAAAAAUCUGAGGCAGUGGCUAGAUCUUCAGGAAAGGUUUCAAUGUUAAGACCAGAAUACAUAUUUGGUCCAAAUGCCGUACAGCCAAACAAAGCAGCUGAGAGUAAAAGUGAUGUCAAACAGAUCAUGCAACAAGAUGAAAUGAACUCCAAGAGACAGAAAUCGCCACAUUCAACAUCAGAUCAACAUCAUGUACCUGUGCCAUCUCAUUACAAUGAUAAAUCACCUGUUCAUUCCCACAGUAGAUCAAGGCCAGCUGUAGCUAGGGCACACUCGCCUAAUUACUCCAAAAAACCUACUUCCAGGUCAAGAUCAUCAUCUGAGAGGUCAAAGCCAACUAAUCGUGUGUCAAGGUCAUCCUCUUUUGAGAAGGUAAAAUCGACAAAUUCUGCAAGGUCAAGGUCACCACAUAGAAAACAUGUAUCUCCAUCAAGAGAUUUAGCUGCGUUAAAAAAGAAAGUUUCCACUAAGGAUUGGAUGGAUGAAAAAUUGGACAGCAGAAAGGAUAGUAGGAAAGGUGAUAGAAAAGAAAAAGACUCUGAAGGCAAAUCAUUGCAGUCUAAAAAAUCAGCCAAAAGCAGAGAAAUGUUUGAGAAAGAACGCGAAAGGCUAGCAGCAAGACAGAAAAAGAUCGAAAGAGACAAUAAAAAUUUAGAUGGACACAAAAGAGAAGUGUCACAGCAAAAGAAAAGUAAGACACGAGAGGAACAAUCAAGCAGAAAAGAGAACGAAUCAAAACAAAGGAAGAGUGGUGAAAAAGUACAGGAACACAAAAAAUCUUCCAGAGGUAAAAAACCUGUCGAGUCCUCAUCAGAAAGUGAAUCAAGUAGCGCUAGUAGCAGUGACAGCAGCUCAUUUUCAGAUUCCAGUGAUAGUGACUCGAGCGAGGAGGGGUGGAGAAAUAAAAAUUCACGGAAGACAGAGAGAGAAACAGCAGACAUUGAACGUGAAAGGAGACAAAGAGAGAAAGUCAAGCGGCAAAAGGAAGCAGAGGAAAGAAUUAAAAAACGAGAGGAAGAUUACAACAGGACAAGAAUGGUUGGCCGAAAGGAGGAUAUGGACUCUGCUAGAAAUAAGAGUAGUGCAUCAAGUAAGGGAGACAGGUACAAGAGAGGUCGAUAUGAUCAGGAGGAUAGAUAUGGUAAAGGCAAGGAUAGAGACAGGGCUGAUGACAGGUACGACAGAGAGAGAGACAGGAGAGAUCGGUAUAGAAAUAAAGAUUCUAUUACGGAAAAAGACAGACGGCCGGACAGAAAUAUGGACAAAAAAGACAGAGAUAAGGAUGCCAAGGAAGGACAAUAUACUUAUCAAAAUUGGAGCAAAGUGAGUAACUCUGGCACUGCAUCGAAAAAUUUCAGCAAAGAAAACAAAUCCCUGAAAGAUAUCAAUGGAGAAAGACAUGUUGGUAGUGAUAAAAUGUCGAGUUUGGUAGAAAAAGCAGGCAACGAAAACAAAAAUAACUCUAAUAAAUAUGAAACCGAGAAAAGUAGUCGAACUGUUCAGAAAGACAAUGGAAAAGGUGGUCGUUCUCUUCAAAAAGAUGAAGACAAAGAUAGUCGCCGUGUACAGAAAGACAAUGACAAAGAUACAAGUAGUCGUACAACUUGGAAAGAUAAUGAUAAAGGUAAUCAAUCUGGUCAGAAAGACAAUGACAAAGGUACUAGCAGUGGACUUGUUCCAAAAGAUAAUGACAAAGGUAAUCAGCCUGUUCAGAAGAACAUUGACAAAGAUAGUCGACCUGUUCAGAAAGACAGUGGCAAAGGUACUAGUAGUCGAUCAAAUCAGAAAGAUCGUGACAAAGCUAAUCAUCCGGUUCAAAAAGAAAAUCAUGGUGACAAAAUUGACAGGGACAGUGCAGUUGAAGAAGGACAAGCAAACGCUAAGGAGCAGAGAAGGAAAAGACUCAUGGAUUUUGACGAGGAAAAAACAACGGAAAAGGAGAUACCUUCGAAAAAAAUAUUGACAAGUGUUGUUUCUGUUAGUUCUAAAACGAGUGAUGCUCAAGGAAACGGUAAGGAUUUGCCAUCACAAGAACAAUCAGUGAAGGAAAUAAAGAGCAAGUCUAAGAGGAGGCGUGAACAGGAGAAAGUGAAAGAGAAGGAGGAUUCUAGUGCUAAAAGUAAGAACUUUACUGUAACCAUUGACAACAAAGGUUUCAAGGAAAGAUCUGUGAUCAAGGAGAGGUCAAGGUCACCUACAACUAAGGAGGAUAAGGACAGUGAUGGUCACAAUCACACCAAGGUUGUGUGGAGGGAUGAGGAAUCACAAGCCCGACAAGAAACAUCACCAACAAAAAGAAUGUCCAUUCAUGACCGUUUAGGAAGACCUGUUCAGCACAAAAAAGCCAAACUGCAAAGACACGAUGAUGACCGACAUGAAGUGACAGUUACUAGAAGGGUAGAAACAACCGACUCAGAGUUACCUAAAAAGACUAUUGUUACUAAGGAUACACCUAAACCAGCCCCUACUGUAACAGAACCCCCUGGCCACCUCAGCGAUCUAGAUGCAAGAAUACUGCUGAUAAAGAAAAAGAAUGCUGAAAUUCUGAAGAGGCAAGCAGAGAUUGCCCAAGACAAGGAAAGAUAUGGUUGAGCUCAGGUAACGGAGGACUGUAAAACUAGCAAAUUAUUUGCCUUCAUCAGUUAUCCACUGGAUGCCUUCAAUGCCAAACACCGCUAAAGGACGCCUUGUCAGGCUUGACCGGCACCAUAGCAACAGGAAACCCUUGAUAGGAAAAGGACAACUAUGAUAGCAACAGGACACCCUUAAUAGCUACUCUACUACAGAACAUCCUGAACUCCUACAGUACAACCUUGUAGCCACAGGGCGCCCUUCAGUGCUAUAGGAAGUCAUGUUAUAACUCAAUGGUGCCGACAAGUUUCGCUAGUGUUAAUAAAAAAGACCACUAAUCAUGAUAAUGUUGAAAUAUAAUGCUGCUGUUAAUGAUUUAUUGGACACAGUAAAUGUGUCUACCAAUCAUUGUUUAUGUUAAGCUUGAAAGUUAUCAAGAUUCUGAAACUGGAUUGUCUCAUUACAGAAAAUGUAGGAAUAAAAAAAACUGUUUUCAAGUGGCAUUUGAAAUUAUGGAUGGAAAUAAUUUGAAGAUGCUAAAUAAUUCAAUGACAAGCUGGCUGAAGUUGAAUUAAGAGUUGAACGAAGCAAUAAACUAAUGGAGAUAAUCUACAUUUUAUUCACUAGGACACUUAUGGAAAACUUGCUGUUUUAAUUGUGCAAAACUGUUUUUAUUACAUGAUUAUGUGCAUAAUUUUUUAGAUUGGGAAACAAUGUUACGUGUUAAACACUUAAAUGUGACAAGCAGCAGCACUGAUUAGUAAGGAUAAUCACAUUAAUGUAUGCAUUCUGUUUUUUAAUGUUGAUUCACAAAACAGGUUUUCCAUACAUACAAGUGAUUGUGUUUGCAUGAAUACAAGAAACAUUUUAUUAAAAUAAAUUUACUUGUAUGUUGA